AAACAGCCAAUCAAAAAGUAGAUUUGAAUUCACCUUAUUUACAUAAAAGUUUUCUAAUGGUUGACAAGCUCCAAUCAGGCAUUGAGAAAAUUUAAGCCUUUAUUUGCAUAGAAGCCCUACAAAUAUAGGCGGGCUGGGCUGGCAUCUAUCAUUCUUUUUCUUUGUUCGCGGAAGAAAUUUGUGUUCAAAUAAAACAUGCCUGAGCCUGCCAAGUCUGCUCCCGCUCCUAAGAAAGGAUCCAAGAAGGCGGUGACCAAGGCGCAGAAGAAAGAUGGUAAGAAGCGCAAGCGCAGCCGCAAGGAGAGCUAUUCGGUCUAUGUGUACAAGGUCUUGAAGCAAGUCCACCCUGACACUGGCAUUUCGUCUAAAGCUAUGGGUAUUAUGAACUCAUUCGUCAACGAUAUUUUCGAGCGCAUCGCGGGCGAGGCAUCGCGUCUGGCGCAUUACAACAAGCGGUCGACCAUUACCUCCAGGGAGAUCCAGACGGCCGUUCGCCUAUUGCUGCCUGGAGAAUUAGCCAAGCAUGCCGUGUCUGAGGGUACUAAGGCUGUCACCAAGUACACCAGUUCUAACUCCAGAGACGGUUCCCUGUGACUGAAGAGGCCCUGUGGGGCUGUGUGGCUGGCUCUGCACCCUUCUUUGAACUCCUGCAUAAACACCCUUCCAAUGAUCACAUCGUUGUCAUCUUUAAACACUGUGCUGAAGACUACUGUGACUCUGACCUUUGUGGACUCAACAUAUGUGAUCUCAUCAUCCCUAUAAUGGAUAACUGCCCUGUUUACUCCUUCCUUGUCCUCUUCUUGGAACUAGAAGUAUUUCUUAAAGACCAAGGCAAAACAUUUUCUUUUCAACAUGCUUGCCUGAUGCACAAUUGAAUCCUUGGAUGCAAGGAUAUUUUCCAGGUCAUAUAAGCAAAGAGACAUUGUAUUCUGAUUCUGGAUUUACCAAGAAACUCCUGUACACCCUCUUUAACAACUCCUCAGCACCAUGUGCCUGAAGUUCCUUGUAGAAUUUCAAAGACAUACUGACCAUCAUUUUUGUUUUGUCUCCAUUAGGAUUUGAAAUAUGAUAGAGGACCCCACCAAAAUCUGCAAAUGUUACUUCUACUGAUUCUGGUUUGUUUCUUGGUGAAUAGGCGAUUUUGAUGUGGGCAAUUUAGGUAUGGAAGUUAGGUGCCUGUCAUGCCUCAAUUUCUGUGCCUCUGGGAGCUGCCCUGCUCUACUGUUUUUAAUAUCAAUUUCAGGCUCAACAAUCUGGUAUGCAAGCCCCAAAUCUAUCUACCUCAGUUCUAGCUCCCAAUCUUGCUGGAUUUUGCCAACUCAUUCAGAAGACGUAUCUGUUGGCAUCAACGUUCUCUAUACAGCCAUCCCCUACAGGAUUCAGUCUUACCUUACUUUUCAACAUGUGCUUUUUGCUCUAAACAGCUUGGCUCUCUCAUUUCAAGAUACCUUGCCAUGUUCCUCAAAGCCUUCCAUACCUAAAUUGCCCACUUCGCUCGACUGGCCUAUCAGUCAAACCUCGAAGGGGAAGCAGACAUGAUCCUCUUCAUCUAGGACAUGCAGCACUGGCCCAUAGAGGAAGUAAUAAUAUACAAAACUGUAGAACAGCAUAAAAUUAGAGGGUUUUCAGGCCCACUAUCUGAGUCCCAAUUUGUUUCACUGUUUACUACUGGGGUGACCUUAGGUGUUAUGCACAAUAGUUCUUGGCCUGUUUCGUCCUCUGUAAAGUAGAUACAUUACAGUAACUCUCCCAGAGUGGUGAGGGAACUUGCUCAAGUUUAUUCAGAGUUGUCCCUAACCCAGAUCUCUGACUUCUAUUUCACUGCUGUUUCUACCUGUUGUGGAUUGAAAUGAUAGUAAUGAUCUUACAUCCCAAGAACAUUGUAAACAUGUUCACUACAUUUAGAAUGUAAACAAAUUAAGAAAAACACAUUUUUGUAACAAGUGUUAACCAAACAUUUCUGUGAGAAUGUGAUUGGACUGGCUUGAUGCCUGCCAGAAAGGUACACCCUCAAUAAGAAUAUUGAUGACCAGGCCUCUGAGGCAUAAAAACUCAGUGCAGACACUGCUUCCCUGCAUGUCUCGUAGAGGUAGGCAGACACCCAGUAGCUCUGACUCCUGGCUCCCAUGCCCGAACUGUGCUCUGAGGCUCGCUGCACCCUCACCACUACCCUGCAAUCAGUGCCUCCCACCAGAUGGUUUUGAAUCCUCCAUUGACACGGCAUUAGACCCAGGUCCCUAAACCUCUUGUGAAAGGUACCUGCCUGCCUUCUGUUGGCCUCCAGUCUGAUGGAUUUGAGACACUAUGGGUUCUCCACCACUAAAUGUGUCAAGUGCCCUUGACUUGGAUAUCGUAUAUUGCUUGUAUUGGCAAUUUGCAAUAAAGCAACCAAAUAAAUUGCAUUGAGCAUUCAAGCUACAA